GUUAAAAGCAACUUUAAUGGGUGGUAGAUUCAGAGUUAAAGUUUUAUGAGGCUUGAAAGGCGUCUUGUUGUCCGAUGAAUUCGGACCUCGAGCGCGACGCGAUCGCAAGCCAUGUUUGCUCGUCCAGCUGCCUUACGACUCUACGAAGGAUCCACAAUGCUUUCAGCAACCACCCAAUCAACGCCAGAAGAAACGUUUGAAUCUCUUCUCAAAUUUAGCACCGACGUCCCAACCACCUCGUUGUGGUUUCAACAGCUCCGGCAACACUGGAUAGCUAAAUAUGAAGAGCCCGAUACGGACGCUGAGAUUGCCUUAGGAAAGGGGACAACGUUUCCGGACAAUGAUCGAACGGAACGAUUGGAUAUUCCAGCGCUCUUGAGGAGCCAACCCAAAAACGUGGAAGCCGAGUUUAGGUUUCACGAGGAACUAUUCAAAAAGCUAAAAUUCACGUAUGUGGAGCAGAAAGCAAAAGAAGGUUUUCUGAAGCGAGUGUUGGAUAUUCCCCCCAAAUUCCCAACCGAUCACGAGAUUGAAGAGAUGGAGACCCGAUCCGCAGAAAAAAAAAAUCUGUUGCGUGCCAAGAAAGCAGCAGUAAGGAACAUGCGAGAGGAAGUCGAUAGGCUAAUUGAAUCUGUUUAUCAUGGUCACGCUGCCCUCUUGGAACAAUCUCAAAUGGCGACACAACUAUAUGACGAGUACAAGCAGAUGGAUGCAGAACUACAGGAGUUGAACUCUAGACAAAAUCCACGAACUAUAACAAUAGAAGAACACGAGAGGGCCGUUGAAGAGCAGGCAGCAGCAAUCGCGGAACUCGAGGAGCAAGUUAAUCACUGGAGGUCAACUCUUGAAUACCGUCAAUCCAAAACCAAAGCCGUGGUAGAGGAGGUUGCCAACCUGACACCGAAACGCGCCGAAGCGGAAGCAUGCGCGGCUGAAGCCUUAAGAAUAUCCAAAUCGAAGGAUCCGAAACUGGAGGAGCUGGGGAUAUGGUACAAGGAGCAGAUUCGUUUAUUGAAACAGCUACAAGGAUUGAAGGACAUCCGACAUCCAAGUAGUUCCCAGGUAGAAAUAGUGUAUGACCUGGAUGGGGUAUCAACAUGUACGUUGAUGCUGAGUUUCAAGCGGGAUGCAAAGUCAUUGAGUGGGUGGGUUUUGGAUGCAAAGUUCGCAGAUAUACCCUACCCCUGCCCCAUUGCUGAUCUCCUCCAUACUGCCAACACAUAUUUCACCUCCCUUGACGACAUGCUUUCAUUAUUCACUCGUGAGAUCCCACUCCGGGUUCGUAACCUUGUCCAAAGAGAAAAAGAAGUCGAGGAUGUGUGUGCAGAAUAUGAGGGAGCAUCUUAUGACCCUGAAGCACGGGAAUUGAUCGUGCAUAUUGAUGCUACGGGGAGGAUAUUUGUUAUUAGAAUAGGACAUGGAUAUCCGCGGGAUGGUGGGAGCGCUCUGGAAGUUGUUGGAGUUGAACCAAGAAUGAUGGAAGUUGAGGAGACGGAAGACGAGCUGGCUGGGUGGAAGACAAAAAUCGAGAAAAACGAAAUCGCAAAGUUGAAAGAUUUGGUUGCCAUUUUGGAAUAAACAUCUGUCGACCAUUCCUUGCAUUUUCUUGUCAUAAUUUUCUCGUCCAAGUGUGGAGCGCCACGCAUAUUGCACGAUCAUUUGUGAUGGUUGAACAGAUUAUGCAUUAUCAACAUUUAAUAACUCUACUAUAUACAUGAUU